CAUGCAGUCACUGUUGUCAGUAUAAUUGUCGAUCGCACUGGACGACUGUCGCGAGUUAUGCGAGCCUAGUCUAAUUAUUUAAUUAAAUUACUAAGAUUUAUUUUGAAUAUUGUAAAUUAUAUUGUGGUAAAUAGUUGGCGGAGUGAGAAGAAAGACAAAUAAAUGUCUGUGGCGAUGAAAUAAUACGUAGAUUUUGUUGUUGUUGUUGUUCGGAGCGGAAUGAAGUUUAUUUUACAACACAUGUGGGUUUUUGGUAGUUAGGUACAAUAUUAGAACACCCUACAAUAUGUACCUACAAAACGCAGACGUAAUUUACCUGGAUACUUGUUAAUUUUUGAUAUUUUUAUUUUGCAUAUGACCUCUAUGAAAUAUGACAGUAGUAUGACUACCUGACAACAGAUAACAAAUAAAAUUAUUUAUAAAAUGCCCUUCAUAGACAUAGCGUUCCAGGCCGACGUGAGUAGGUACGAAGAUGCCGAGUUCGAGGAAUUCUCAAGAAGGAAUUGCGACGAGAAUCUCGACACCAGGGAUACAGCUAUCGAGGAGUUGAGGCGGUUACUUAAAGAAAAGGGGGAAUGCCGGCCGCGGCGGACGGACGACGCUUAUUUAUUGAGAUUUCUAAGGUGCCGAAGAUUUAUUCCUGCCUUGGCACAUAGAUUGAUGGUACGCUACGAAGACUUCCGCUCAAAAAACCCUGAGUUGUAUGACUGCGAUGCGUUCGGUCUGCAACGCGUUAAAGACGUGUUUUCGUGCACCUUGCCCGACAACCCUGACAAUGGCAGGAUUACCAUCAUGAGGCUCGGCAAGUGGGACAUGGACAAUACCCCCGCAGAAGACCUAAUUCGCUGUGCGUUGCUGUUGGAUGAAAUAUGCGCUAUGCAGCCAAGACUACAAAUUCUGGGGGUCACCAUUGUUAUAGACCUUAAGGGACUCGGUCUUAAACAUAUGAGAUAUUUGAAUUUGAAGAUAGCGAAUCAAUUCGCCAGCUUAUUGGGAGUAGCGUUCCCGCUCUUGCUCCAAGGCUUGCACAUUAUCAACUAUAACUGGUUGUUCAACUCCAUACUUCCGAUGUUCAAACAGUUCAUACCACAAGCGGGUUGGGAGAGAAUACACUUCCAUUCAAAUUUAGAGUCUCUCCACAAACAUAUUCACCCUCAGUACCUGCCAGCGGAAUAUGGAGGACAUUGCAAAUACCUAGUCACGUGUAAAGAGUGGCUUUCGAAAAUUGAAAAGUACAAAGACGACUUUAUGGUGCAAGAUUUAAGAGAUUUAGGGUACCGGGUAAAGUAGAUUAGAGAAGGAAGAAAAUAAAUAAGACUGAAAAUGCCAAUUUAUUUUUAGAAAUAUACACUUAUAGCUGAACUGUAUUAUGUUCGACGUGGUCAAUACAUUCUUGUACCUUUUUAUGUGAAUAAAACAUUUUGAAAU